UGCAAACCCUGCUGCUGCCAGUCCAGCUGCUGCAAACCCUGCUGCUGUCAGUCCAGCUGCUGCAAACCCUGCUGCUGUCAGUCCAGCUGCUGCAAACCCUGCUGCUGCCAGUCCAGCUGCUGCAAACCCUGCUGCUGCCAGUCCAGCUGCUGCAAACCCUGCUGCUGCCAGUCCAGCUGCUGCAAACCCUGCUGCUGCCAGUCCAGCUGCUGCAAACCCUGCUGCUGCCAGUCCAGCUGCUGUGCCCCCGUUUGCUGCCAGUCCAGCUGCUGCAAACCCUGCUGCUGCCAGUCCAGCUGCUGCAAACCCUGCUGCUGCCAGUCCAGCUGCUGUGCGCCCUCCAGCUGCUGUGCCCCCGUUUGCUGCCAGUCCAGCUGCUGCAAACCCUGCUGCUGCCAGUCCAGCUGCUGCAAACCCUGCUGCUGUCAGUCCAGCUGCUGCAAACCCUGCUGCUGCCAGUCCCACCCAGGCCUCUCCCCGCUCUUCGGCCUGCUGCCCACUCAGCCCCAGAAUGAGCGGUUCUGGUUCCGGUUCCGGUUCCGAGGUCAGGAGGCAGCUGCGAGCAGCAUGGGGAGGCACCUGCGGCCAAACUCGGAGCAGAUAGGACUAGAGGCCCAGCGGGCGAUUGAAAUCGCCGGAGGAGGCGCCCAGCCUCCCACCGGCGCCCGCUGGCCGCUGCAUUGUGUCCGCUGGGGUAGGAACCAUGAGCUGCUGUUGCUGUUCCAGGGGCUGUGGCUCCAGCUGUGGGGGCUGUGGCUCCAGCUGCUGUGUGCCCGUGUGCUGCUGUAA